UCGUCGCCUCCGCUUCAAGCCUCCUUCGUCCCUCGAUCACAACUGCUCCUCUCUCCACUCCCCUCUUCCUCGACAGAUCCUCAAUCAAGCUUCAUCUGUGCCGUCGUCGGCAAUGGCUCCGGCCUUCCCACGCCGCCGUCCAACCUCCCCCGACUCUCCUCCUCACACCGCCGCCGCUCCCAUGGCCCACCCUCCCUGCUCGCCUCCAUGGCCACCUGGAGGCGGAUUCGGCCUCCCCGAGUCACCGCCCAACGUCUCGCCGCCCAACCAAAGCGAGAAAUCCACUGGGCGAAGCUUCUGCACCUCCCGAACGGGGGAGGGGAGGGGAGCACGCCAGCACUAUGUGCCUGCGGGUAGGGUUUCUCCCGGUCCGAUGGCGUCCGCCAUGUCGUCGAGGUCACGACCCGCCGGCCACUUCGGAGUGUUCCCGGUGAACGCUAUGGCCGGCACGGGAGGCAGCGACGGUGGGGUGCAGCUCGCGGACAAGCUCAAGAUAAUCAAGACUGACAACUUUGACCCCGACGCCUACGUGCAGUCCAAGUGCCGCGCCAUGGACGAGAAGAAAAUGGUUGUCUUUGUCAUGCAACAAGCUGUUUGGAAUGUUGACACUAAUAAUGAGGCAGUUCAAGGUUUCAGGAGAUCUUUACAUGAUGAGACAAGAUUAUCCUACAUGUUGUCUUGUGGUUCACUGGAGAGGCUGCUCAACAUGAGGAAUCUGAAGUUAUGGAUGGUGAGGAUGACGAUGAUGAAGACGAUGAUGACGAGGAUGAUGAUGAUUAUGAUACAAAGAAGAACAAGGGAACUGCUGGAGGGGAAGGGCAACAGGGAAAACGACCUACAAAGUGCAAGCAGCAGUGAGCAGCGGCGGUGUGCUCUUUGCAAAGCCUUGGAGCUGCCUCUCCUACAAAGUCUGAACUUGCAGAGAUAGUCCCACAAGAGAAAUCACCAAAAGCUUCCAUUCAACCAAUGCCGCCGAGUCCAAGGUCUUCUACCUCAAGAUGAAGGGCGACUACCACAGGUAUACUAUUAUCGCUAGCAGAUCUAGACCAUGCAAGUUGUGGUUUGUAGAGAUCAAAACUUAAGAUCUGUGUGUAGAUAUUUGUCUAGACAAUGGGAGUGGCAGGAUGCUAGUUUUUAGUAAGGUUGGUUGCUUAUCUAUGAAUUUGCCUGUAUCAUGCAUGAUCAUGUGUUGUAUCCUGUAGCACAUGGUUGAAAUAUAAAUUUGUGUUCCAUGUUUUUACCCCCCUACACGUAUUUCUUGGAUAUCUGAUUUCUACUCAUGAUGAUUUGGCAUGUACCUUUCUGAGUUCAAGUUAGGUGCAUAGAGGAAGGAUGCUGCGGGGAGCACCAUGAAUUCCUACAAAGUUGCUCAGGUUUCCUCUGACUGUUCACCAUUAUUGGAAGCAGGACAGGCAGAGAGCCUUGGAACCGAACUCUUGGAGAUGGUGCCUAGCAGGGAAGAGGAGAUUAAGUUGAAAGAAUACAGGGAGGAUGCUGUGUCGACUUUUGUAGUUGAUGAUUAUGUGAGACUUGAGUUUAAGGGCUCAACUUUUUCCGGUUCUUGGAAGUCAUUUAGUAGCCCUAAGAUUUCAUCAACAUUCUUGGUAGUAAUUGCUAUAGUAUCAAAUGAGAUUGUGGUACGAGUUGCUCGAGUACUAACGUUGUUGUACAUUGUGAAGCUAAGUGGGUAAUAUCAAAAGGGAUUAAGAUUUAUGUGUGGUGCUUA